AUGUCCUUGGAGUACCUGAGUCUAUAUCCUCUGGAGGAAAUGUCUCUGGCCCCUGACCCAGAUGUCCCCAAGCUCCUUCCUCCUGUGGCCUACAACCCCUGGGCAGAUGUGAGGAAAAGAGAUGAUGUCCAAAAACUCAACAUUAGCUUUCCUUAUGGACCGGUUCCGAAAGACUUUCAGCUGCGUAUUCGUCAGCACUACUAUGCUGCUGUGUCAUAUAUGGAUGCUCAGGUUGGGAGACUUCUCAGUGCCCUUGAUGAGCUCGGGAUGACCAACAGCACUAUGGUGGUCUUCACCUCUGAUCAUGGUUGGUCGUUAGGAGAGCAUGGCGAAUGGGCCAAGUACUCUAAUUUUGACGUGACAACACGUGUCCCUCUCAUCAUGUUUGUUCCUGGUGUCACUGCAGUCUAUAACUGGUUGGGAGAAUCAACUUUUCCCUUUAUUAAUGUUCUCAACCAAUCCGAGUACAGCUUUGAGAAUGCCAAAGUUGUAAGGAACAUAGUGGAGCUAGUGGAUGUGUUUCCUACAGUCUCCUCCAUGGCCGACCUCAGAGCACCUGAACGCUGUCCUGAUGUUUCUUUCCAGGUGGAGCUGUGUACAGAAGGAAAAGACUUGUCUCUUACUUUUCGACACACGGAGAGAGGAAAAAAUGCAGAACUCCUUGCUUUCAGUCAAUACCCUCGCCCUGCUGAUACCCCACAGGUGGACUCUGACCUCCCUGAUUUGAAAGACAUAAAGGUGAUGGGUUACUCACUGCGCAGCUGGGAUUACAGAUACACACUCUGGAUGGGCUUCGAUCCACAAACCUUUCAG